CUGGACUCAUUAUCUGACGCACAUUAAUAUGUAAAUGAUACUAGAACCCUUCUGAAUAUUCAUAAAUCCAGGCGGUACCGCCCCCGGCCCGUUCCUGUGCCGUGAUGAUUUCUCCGUUUUGUUAUCGCUCCUGGCCGCGACUCGCCGUUGCGCUGGACGUCCCCCCCCACCCCCCAAAGCUCUGGAACAUUCCAUUCGGCUACGUUGAGAUUAGAUCAGUGUAAAUUAACUGCGGCAAGACCUCCAGCUGCCAGCUCUGCCAGAGCCACCUCGUCCUUCCAAAUGGAUGUUCGCUUUGUUGGUUAUUGAAGAUGUUGAUGCUUUAAGGUUGUGUAUAUAUUUUUUUCUUUUAUUUUAUUAAAAUAACAACAAAGUGGCCUUUAUGUCUCCCUUGGGUGUAUGUUUUUUGCGAGUGAACACUCGCACACACAGAAGCAUGUACACUUUCAGUGAACUCCUUUAAGCACUCGUCUGUUUUUUCCAAAAUAAAGUCAUUUACCUUUGACACAUUUCGGCAAAAGCACCGGCGUCUUGGCAGCAGGACACUGAGCCUGGAGCUGUUGUUGGAGCCUCUCUGCUGCCAUUGGCCCCUCCCCCCAUAUCGACAGCUGCCUUGUGCACAUGCUCAGAGCGCGUAGGAGAGCAGCCCUUAAACAAAGGCGAGCUGUACCUUUGCUCCUGCCCCGAGCCAGCAGGCCUUGCCUUACAGGGGCGACAGACAGCAACAACGGCUGCGAUGUGUCGUUUGGCUUCCCUGCCCCAGAGGGCAAAAAAAAUCUGUCCAGAAGCCUUAUAAUCCCACAGCCUAACAUAGCAGAGCCUGGAAGUAUAGGAGACAUGUUUAUCUCGAGUUGCAGGUUAAGUGGGAGUAAGACACCACCUCACAAACAGAAAGUCUGAGCCACUAGCUGGGCUGCUGCUGUGCAGAAAGCUCUCUGCUGCCGUCGUGCAGCGGGCUUCUCGUCCCGCAAUGAACUGGUGAUUUUAUUGGUGAUGUUACGGCUGAGCGGUGCCAGAGGUCUCCCGCACCUGUCAGAGCAGUCGCUACACACGUGAGGAGACGUCCCGGAGAUGCCCGGUCCACUCUCCUGGCCACCGGCUGUGCCCUGUGUGUCACUGAUGUGGCUUCAGCGGCCGAGUGACAGAGCUGGGAGCUGAUUCACGGCCUGUGAGAUGGCGGACUGCCGAUGGGAAUCGAGAAAGCCAAGUACGCCCGAGGAGUACUUUGAGUAUGACGCGGAGGAGUUCCUGGUCUUCCUCGCUCUGCUCAUCAUAGAGGGCCGCACACCGGAAUGUUCCCUGAAGGGCCGCACGGAGGGGCCCCACUGCCCCCCAGCUCAGACUGCACAGCCUCUCCCCACCAAGCACCAGUGCAGUGACAAACUGCCGCAGUGUUGUCAAGCUAAGAAGACGCAGUCGGAGGUGGUGGUCCUCUGGAGGGACAAGCUGCCCAUCAUGAUCGAGGUCAUGCUGCUUCCUGACUGCUGCUACAGCAGUGAGGCUCCUGGCAAUGACUUGGACGACCCAGUUGUUCAACAGGACGCGCUGCUGCUGGAGCGAUGGACCCUGCAGCCAGUGCCCAGGCAGAGCGGCGACCGUUUCAUCGAGGAAAAGACCUUGCUCCUGGCCGUCCGCUCCUACGUGUUCUUCUCCCAGCUGAGCGCCUGGCUCAGCGCAUCCCACGGACUCGUUCCCAGGAACAUCCUGUACAGGGUUAGUUCGGCCGAGGAGCGACUGCUUUGGAGAUUUUCCCAGCCACCAGCCGAGCACGCCUUCCCGGUGCCCAACGUGUCGCACAGCGUGGCCUUGAGAGUGUGUGUACAGUCCCUGCCUCGGCAGCCCAACUACCCAGUCCUGACCUGCAGUGUCCAUAGUAGCCUGGCCCUGCAGAGCACGAGAAGCCGGGACUGGAGGCACAGGUCUGCUCCUGGUACGGAGCAACUUCAGACCCAGGGAUCUCCACCGCUCUUCAAGUGCACCAUAAGCUCCAGGAAAUACCUGCCCUCCGAGGCCCCGCCUCCAGGCAAGAUACUAAACCAGGUCCAUUCCAAGCUGAGCAGCACCCCGGAUACUGACCCUGCAGAGGGCUGUCAGAUCUCAUCAGAUAGUACAGAAGGCUUAAAGGCACCAGCUCCAGAAGAUCUCACUAGAGCAUUCAAAUCCCUCUACUUGGCAGAUCUACUGGGUACACCAAGUUUAGGCUGCAGGUCACACCCACCUGGGCAUCCCAGCUCAUUGAUUGGCUCACUGCUUCAUGAACGACAGCAAGUCAUCACUCGUAUUGCCCAGCGUUUACAUUACUGUGAUCCCUUAGCCACCCACAUCCCAGAUACCAUGUCCGAAAGCUGUGAGGCACAUCAUCUCAAAUUCCCCUGGGGCUCCUCGUUCCUCUCUGGCCCACAGCAUGGUACCAUGGAAGAUGGCAGAAGGAGAUGGUCCUCUCCCUCCGACACCCCCAGCAAACAGCAUAGCAGAGCCAAAAUGGAUGCCAAGUCAAGACCUUCAACCAAACCAGCAACCUGCAGGAAGCUGCUCCUGCACCCCCCUGAAGACAGCUCUGGGACUGCAGGGGCCACAGAGGACUCCUUCUGGCUGGUCCCAGACCUCCUGUGGUAUGCAUACAACAGGUGUAGUCAAAGCUUCAAGGAAGACACGUCUCCAUCUGCACACAAAUCCUGGGGUGAUCGCCGUCUUCAAGAUUGCACCGGUAAGGUACCAUUCUCAGCCAUUACAGACUCCCCCAUCGCUAACAGCCCAGAAUCUUCUAUUUGCACAGAACUAGAAGCCAAGAAGGCGAAAGCUCCCCAUGGCUUCGGGCAAGACCCUUCCUCCAGACCUCAGGAUGUAGCCUGUGUCAGACUUGAAAAGCCAACGACACCAGCAGACUCAGUCCCUUUAGUCUCUAAUGGUUUACAGAAUGCCAAAACGGGUCCUCCGGACUCUCCUGAUCGUGGGCAGAGAGCAGGAAGUCCUGAUGGCUCAGUGGGUCUCCAAGGUCACAUGACAAUGACAGACGCCACAGUCCUGCAUCAAGACACUGUCGAUUCCAAACCUCAAACCCAGGGAAUCCUGCAGCUUAACAGCCAUGAGCAGAAUGAGAACCAGGACCAGACUAUCCCUAACCAAAGAGCCUGUGGCCAGGACCAGCAGAUCGGGCCUGACAGAACCCAGAAUGGACCUGUUCUGUUGUGCGACAUUUGGAACAAGGAGAACCGUCCCUACAUAGACGGGACAGCAAGCAGAGCCUUCCACCCGAGCACUGGGCUUCCACUGGUCUCCAGUCCGGUUCCUCAGAGGAGAGCCCAGGCUGGGGGCUUUGAUCUGGACACCUCCAUGGCUCACUGCAAGGGUCUGCGUUGGUCGUCCAGCAGAAGAGAGUGCCUGAGGAAACAGCACAUUGGAGGGGACUCAGAACCACGGGUGUUCAGCACCAGCGCCCCCCCGGCCAGCCUCAGCCUCCUGGGGAACUUUGAGGAGUGUGUGCUGAAUCACCGCCUGGAGCCCCUGGGGACUGUGAAGGGCUUUACGGCUGAGGUGGGGGCCAGCGGGACCUUCUGCCCCAGUCACAUGACCUUGCCCGUGGAGGUGUCCUUCUACAGCGUCUCCGAUGACAACGCGCCUUCCCCCUACAUGGGUGUUAUAAAGUUGGAGCCCCUCGGUAAAAGGGGCUAUCGAGUGCCUCCAUCAGGAACAGUACAAGUGACCUUAUUCAAUCCAAACAAGACGGUGGUGAAGAUGUUCGUGGUGGUGUACGACCUGAGGAAGAUGCCAGCCUGCCACCAGACGUUCCUGAGACAGCGGACUUUCUCGGUGCCCAUAAAGCGUGAACCAUGUGGCCAUGUGAGCAGGAAGCCCCUCCCCUUCCUCCCGAGGCCGCAGCGGACCCUGCGCUACCUCGUCCACCUGAGGUUUCAGAGCUCCAGAUCCGGAAAGAUCUACCUCUACAGAGACAUUCGACUCCUCUUCUCCCGCAAGUCCAUGGAGGUGGACAGCGGCGCGGCCUACGAGCUGAAGUCCUUCACCGAAUCCCCCGCCCCCACCUCCUCCCCGAGACGCUAAGCUGCCAGCAUCUCCCAUGGGGCCCAAAGAGGCGCUGUUCUCGUUAACCCCUCAGAUAAUGAGGAAAUGCUAGUCUCUGUUUGACUUCUGGGUGCAGCUCACCGCUUGCGAACAAAGAAUUUAAUUCCUUAAUAGAAAAGGGAUUGAAGUUGAAGAUUUCAUUUCAGGCCACACUUUUUCAAUGUGAGCUGUUGCACACCGCGCAUAGGAGCAGGAAAUCUGACCAUAGGCAUAACAAGAAGUCGAGCUAGAUGAAGGAGCUGUAACUGGGGGAGAAAACUACUAGCAUUGUGUUUACAUGAUUUUGUCAAUUAUUUAAUAUUUAAUUUGAUAUUUAAUGUUUGUCAGAUGUAAUGUCUGUUUUAGUAAAUAUAAUGGCGUAGUACUGCACUAUAUCCAGAUCAUACAAUGUAUUUUUGAUGUUGAUAUUCAGAUCUGAAUGAUAUAAACCUAUAAAAUAGUCUUUAAACACUC